UGAAAUUCCCAGAUGUCAAUUUACUUUUUUUCAAUUAAAUUACUCUUCAAUUCCAUUCUUAAUUUUAGCUACAACUUUUUAGCAUUUUGAUAUUUUGUCAGUUGUGAAAUUUUGUUACAGUAAGUAUGCUUCUUCAGAUUACAGGAGCUUUUAGGUGGGUGACGUGCCAAUAUGACCUUGUUACUGCUUUAAUGUAAAUAGAUUCAGUACCAGAGCAGAUGAAGCAGUCAUUUUAAGGAAUCUAAUACAGCCUUAAUAUACUGGUGCAUGUCAAACAUCAGACUGAAAUCAUCUAGGGUAUGUAGGAGUGGACAUUAUCUGAUUUUAAUUCGCAAUGGACGGUUUUAGCAACAGACAGGGAAUAGGUUUAUUGGAAGGAUAAACUGCCCAUUAACAUAUAAUCUGUACAUAUAAACAAGGGAGGAUGAAGCCCUCGUGGCUUUUCUCGGUGUUACCGUGGUAACAAACUUAGUCACCUCCACUGUGGCGCUAGGGGUACCCGUCAUCGUACUGUUUGCAACAACCGCAUGACUAUAAGAUUAGAAUGCGUCCAUUUAGAAGGAAAAUUGUUUAUUCAGUUAAAAUGUAUCCUAUUAAUGAUGUUGACUCUUGCACUUGUUUUAGGGGGGAUAUUCGUCAACUAAAGAUUACAUAACCACGGAAUCCCGAAAAAAAUCGUUGCUAAAAAUCGUGUUACAUUUCACAGUUGUGGCUGCUGUGAUGUAUUCAGCAUUUUUCACUUUUAGUAGGUUUAUGACUGGUAAAUAACAAAAAGACGUGUCCUGUCUUUCAUCGACUGAUUUACGAUUUUAAAAUCGUAUUUUCUUUGUUUUGCUUGUGUUCCUUUUAACUAUUUCGUAUUGCUUAAAUAUAAUCUAUGACUCAUUAUUUACACGAAACAGACGUCAAGCCUUCUGACACCUAAUGCCGAUACUACUUGUAAACAUCAAUACCAUGUAAGUCAAUAUUUCUGCUAAAAAAUACAUUAACGAAAAUAUCUCACGCGUAUGACAUUGUAAACACAACGAAAGCUCCGGAUCCGAGUCGCAUUAACUGAUUAUUUAUUUUAUCUCGUCAGUCACUGUCAUCGGUUCCAAAAACAUUUACAAUAACAAGACCCUUAAAGCCACCCUGCAGUCAUCGAGUUUCGGUUUUCUCAGCCUCUGUAAUUUACCAUUGCUUCCCCUUUAAAAAUGAAUUAUGCGAUUACUCCCCCCACCACAUACACGCAAACGGACACACAGCGUCCCAUACACCCUCCCUUGCUGAAUACGUUGUUCAGCCUAAACAGCAGACUUUGGAAAUUGCCGGCGCAGUUAAUCUCCGCGGUUAACAGCGCCGGUUGCUCAGAAGUGGAUCAGACUUUGAUAGGGGAGUGCAAAGAGUGUGGGAAGCGAUCAGACCAGGACAAAGAUGCUAUGACUAUAUAUCCCCCGCGCUAGUGUGGCGGCACGGGGGAAAUCUUAAGCCAGGAAAUCAGCCCCACCAAGUGAUACAUAACUGCUGGCCAGGCUGGCACAAGUGCUGUUUAGAGUCACUGGUAGCCCAGUGUGUUUUGGUGGCCCAGGGUCAGCUUCCACCUCGUCAGCAUGCCUCCACGGCCCUCAUCUGGGGAGUUAUGGGGCCUCCAUCUCAUGCCCCCCCGCAUCCUGGUGGACUGCUGUCUGCCCAACGGCAUGCUGGUCAGCCUGGAGUGCCUGCGGGAAGCUCCACUUAUUAGCAUCAAGCAGCAGCUCUUCACAGAGGCCCGGAAGUAUCCUCUCUACCACCUCCUACAGGAGGAGUCAUGCUACAUCUUUGUUGGGGUGACACAGGAGGCAGAGCGAGAGGAGUUCUACGACGAGACACGGCGGCUCUGUGACCUCCGGCUCUUCCACCCCAUCCUCAAGGUCAUCGAGCCACUGGGCAACAGGGAAGAGAAGAUCCUCAACAGGGAGAUUGGCUUUGCCAUUGGAAUGCCCAUCUGUGAGUUCGAGCUGGUGAAGGACCCAGAAGUGCAGGACUUCCGGCGCAACAUUCUGAACGUGUGCCGCGAGGCCAUGGAGGAGCGGGAGGGGGGCGGCGCCCACAGCCAGGCGCUCUAUGUGUACCCCCCCAACGUGGAGUCAUCCCCUGACCUGCCCCAGCACAUCUUCUCCAAGCUGGAUAAAGGCCGCCUGAUUGUGACCAUCUGGGUGAUAGUCUCCCCCUCCAACGCCAAGCAGAAGUACACGCUGAAGAUCGCCCACGACGCCCUGCCUGAGCAGCUCAUCGCGGAGGCCAUCCGCAAGAAGACGCGCAGCAUGCACCUGUCUGCGCAGCAGCUGCGCCUCUGCGUGCAGGAGUACCAGGGCCAGUACAUCCUGAAGGUGUGCGGCUGUGACGAGUAUCUGCUGGAGAAGUACCCGCUGAGCCAAUACAAGUACAUCCGGAGCUGCAUUAUCGUUGGUAGGCUCCCACACCUCAUGCUGGUGUCUAAGGAUAGCCUGUACAGCCAGCUGCCCGCCAGUGGGUUUGUGACCCCCUCCUACAGUCGUCGCACCCCCCAGCCCAGCCCCUGCCCCGGCGGAGGGGAUUCCAGUGCCCCCCGCUCCCUCUGGGCCUUCAACACCUUGCUCAGGGUACGACUGCUGUGUGCCACUUACGUCAACGUCAACAUUAGGGACAUCGACAAGAUCUAUGUGAGAACAGGUAUCUACCAUGGAGGCGAGCCACUAUGUGACAAUGUCAACACCCAGAGAGUGCCUUGCUCGAACCCCAGGUGGAAUGAAUGGCUGACCUAUGACAUAUAUCUGACCGAUCUACCCCGGUCGGCUCGACUGUGCCUCUCCAUUUGCUCUGUCAAAGGUCGUAAGGGAGCCAAAGAGGAGCACUGCCCUUUGGCCUGGGGGAACGUGAACCUGUUUGACUACAGGAACACCCUGGUGAGCGGCAAAGUGGCCCUGAGCCUGUGGCCCAUGCCACACGGCCUGGAGGACCUGCUCAACCCCAUUGGAGUGGCUGGGUCCAACCCCAACAAGGAAACCCCCUGUGUGGAGCUGGAGUUCUCCUGGUUUAACCAGACUGUGAUCUUCCCGGAUGAGCAGCAAAUCGAGGAACACGCCAACUGGACCAUCUCCCGCGAGCUGGGCUACAAUUACUCCAUGGGGCUGAGCAGCCGACUGGCAUGUGACAACACCAUGUCGCAGGGGGACGUGGAACAGCUGCUCAGCCUUUGCAGCCGAGACCCGCUGUACGAGCUGUCUGAGCAGGAGAAGGACUUCCUGUGGAGGCACCGACAUUACUGCGUCAACAUCGCUGAGAGUCUCCCCAAGCUGCUCCUCUCGAUGUACUGCCUUCUGCGUGACUGGCCCCUCAUGGAGCCGGAGAGCGCCCUGGAACUGCUAGACUGUAACUUUCCGGACCCCAUGGUGCGGGAGUUUGCUCUCCGCUGCCUCGUGCAGGGCCUGACGGACGACAAAUUGAGCCAGUAUCUGCUGCAGCUGGUCCAGGUACUCAAGUACGAAAUGUACUUGGACAAUCCUUUGGCUCGAUUUCUCAUCAAGAAAGCGUUGACCAAUCAGAGGAUCGGACACUUCUUCUUUUGGCAUCUUAAGUCGGAGAUGCACAACAAGACGGUGUCCCGCCGCUUCGGCCUGCUGCUGGAGGCCUUCUGCCGUGCGUGUGGGAUGUACCUGAAGCACCUCAACAGGCAGGUGGAGGCUAUGGAGAAGCUGGUCAAUCUCACUGACACCCUCAAGCAGGAGAAGAAGGAUGAGACACAGAAGACGCAGAUGAAGUUCCUGGUGGAGCACAUGUCCCGCCCCGACUAUAUGGAGGCACUGCAAGGCUUCGUCUCACCUCUCAACCCCGUCCACCAGUUAGGUAACCUCAGGCUGGAAGAGUGCCGGAUUAUGUCAUCGGCAAAGCGCCCCCUGUGGCUGAACUGGGAAAACCCCGAUAUCAUGAGUGAGCUUCUGUUCACCAACAAUGAAGUCAUCUUCAAGAACGGUGAUGAUCUGCGGCAGGACAUGCUGACUCUACAGAUUAUCAAGAUUAUGGAGAACAUUUGGCAGAACCAAGGGCUGGACCUGAGGAUGCUGCCUUACGGCUGCCUGUCCAUCGGGGACUGCGUGGGCCUGAUCGAGGUGGUGAAGAACUCGUACACCAUCAUGCAGAUUCAGUGCAAGGGCGGCCUCAAGGGGGCGCUGCAGUUCAACAGCAACACUUUGCACCACUGGAUCAAGGACAAGAACCGUGGCGAGGCCUAUGACCGAGCCAUCGACCUGUUCACUCGAUCCUGUGCCGGAUACUGUGUGGCCACAUUCAUCCUGGGCAUUGGGGACAGACACAACAGCAACAUCAUGGUUAAGGAGAAUGGGCAGCUGUUCCACAUCGACUUUGGCCACUUCCUCGACCACAAGAAGAAGAAGUUCGGCUACAAGCGGGAGCGGGUGCCCUUCGUCCUCACGCAGGACUUCCUCAUCGUCAUCAGCAAGGGCGUGCAGGAGUGCACCAAGACCAAAGAGUUUGAAAGGUUCCAGGAGAUGUGCUACAAAGCUUACCUGGCCAUCCGCCAGCACGCCAGCCUCUUCAUCAACCUGUUCUCGCUGCUGCUCGGCUGCGGCAUGCCCGAGCUGCAGAGCUUCGACGACAUCGCCUACCUGCGCAAGACGCUGGCACUGGAGAAGAGCCAGCAGGAGGCACUGGAGUACUUCACCAAGCAGAUGAACGACGCUCACCAUGGCGGCUGGACCACCAAGAUGGACUGGAUCUUCCACACCAUCCGUCACAUGCCCAACGAGCACUAAGACCCGCAGAUGAGCGUCAUCACCUGAUGCGCUUACUGACAUGCACACUGACACUCUUACACACCUGUGAUUUAAAUCCAUCAGGACUAAUACCUUCACAUUCAGGCUGUCAACCAUCUUUAAUAGUUCCGUACCUGGCAACAUGUCGACUCAGACCUGGUCAACCAUUAAGUUGCAUGAUUCAAUGACAGACAUAAACCGGUUAAACUUCAUGCCUUUACUGCGGUAAAAUGUCAAGAGGAAAGGAAGGAAAUAUAUUGUGACCGACGCAGCAAAGUUUGCAGAUUGGGGCCGGCAGGGGGAGUGCGAUGGCUAUACUGCUGUGAUGUCACAUGCUUUUCGGGCUUCCGAUAGCCAGACGACCGAAAACGGGACGAAAGCUGAUAGACUCUGAGGCGUCUUUGCACCUGGGGACUUCAGAUCUGAGAAACUUCUCAGCUGAGAUGAAGACAAUCUGUAAGGUUUAAGGUGACUGGUCCAUGUGCCCGCUACAUGCUAACUGGGCUGGACUGACUGCUCAGCACUGGACCAGUGCUCUUCUUGCAGCAAGACGCACGUCGACGGCACUGUGAGUUUGACUGUCGCUCGCUUUUUCUUCCUCCUCUGUUAAGUAGCAGUACGGAACGGACGGCUGUGUGUGGCACGUUUAGGGAGGAAGUGACACACUGGAUGGAUCUAAAGAAACAAAUUGCACUGCGUUGGUGUCUCUACACUGCACUGGACUGUAUAACUGCACUAUAUGGGGACCAGGUGAUGAUCAUGAUCAGUGUUGAUAGUAGCAUCAUCACCCACUCUAGUUGCACCAUUCACUUGAAAUGAUGGGGAGGCGGCACUAAAACCGAAAAACUGAACAGCAGCUUGAUUGAAAGUUGUACACCCCCAUCUUCCUGCAAAGAUGCCAAAUGAUUGGUAGGUAGUAACAUCAUUAUCAAAACACCCAGCUUAGUGUCACCGGGGGGGGGAGCGAAGCAUCUAACGGUGCCAAUUUUGUCUUCCUUAUUGCAAAUCCUGUAUUGGGGGGUGGGGGGGUGGAGGUUAUUUUCCGUCGUGUUUGACUUCAGUGUUAUAUUGUGAGAUUUUCAACCAAUUCGAGGAGCUUUAUAACCAGCAAAAAGAUGUUUUUAGUGAAAGACACUGUGAGUGCAAUAAAGCCCUUUACUCAUUACAUGUUCUUUACAGUGGCAGAUUUGCAGAGCUCUUCCACGGUCGUGUGUAGAAUACUGUGCUAGAUGCUACAAUGGGACAUUAAUCAUUUCCUUGAGACCAGCUGUAAAAGAGGCCUGGGGUGUGACACCACUUAAUUAGCAUAUAAUGAGUACGGGGCUUAAUAAUUUGUGUACCAUCAGGGAACUAGUCAACUGACAAUCUCAGAGAACUCUUGUGAGCAAAGGCCUUUCUCAAUGACUAUGGUCCUCUUAAGUGGCACCAGAUUUGACAUAGUAGCAGGACUGGUUCCUAUAGACUUCUAGGUUAGUCAGAUAGCAUAGAUACUUACCCACAAUCUGACCUGUAUUUCACUGUAGUACAUGUUAGUCACUGGCCAAAUUAAGGGUUUCUCAUUGGUGCUUAAAGAUGUUAAACAUUUAUAUCCAUCCAUUUUAACAAUGAACUAUGGAUAUUAUUAUUAUCAGGUCUAGAACUAACUUAUGCAUAAUCUUUCUGGAUUUAAUGAAUUGUGUGAGAAAGAACACUUGUUUGGCUCCAAAAAAGGUCAAUUGAUAUGAAAUUAUUAUUUUUCUUAAAGUCACCUUGCUUUUCAGUGUUUGAAUCGUUCGUGGAAAAUCAGGUAUUUGGCAUUGAAAAAUAACUCAUGUGGCACCUUAAGUAAAGUUUGCAUAGGACAAAUCAGUGACUAUAUGGAUAUUGGAAACUGUGGAUAGAAACCUUCGGAGAGCCAGUAUUUUCUGUGUGAUGGCCAGUAGUGGUUGGUAAUACAUGUUGUGGUGGGACUUUGUUAAAGAAUCGCUGUACUGUAUUUUGAUAAAAAGUUUAUACACUGAUGUUAGCAUCGUUGCAGUUCGAAAUAACAGGGCUGACUUGAUUGCGUAACUUAUGAUUGGUCUCUUGGAUGUUUUGCUAUGAUGUCGUUUUCAGUGAUAUUUAAAUAAAGAUUUGUCAAAAUGUGUGCAUGGUAACUGGAGGCCUCAUACAAGAACAUACAGAAGUGACAUGUGGAUCGGGCAAAUUAUCCAUACAUUAAAAUUAAAACAAGAUAACAUAUAACACAACACUGAAUGGGACACAUGAUGCAAACGCCAUGUAAAAGAGUGUAAUGUUUAAUAAAUGGAGAUACUAAGGACUGGAA